AUGGAAACACCAAGUGUUCGUGUCUUGGUCGUGGGGGAUUCUGGAGUGGGAAAAACUACAUUUUUACGAUCACUUUGUCGGUCCCAGUCACUUACUGUAUCAAAUCAUGAUAAAUCAAGUGUAUGGACCACUGGAUGUGAUAUUCACGUGUUGUUAAAAUCUCUCGGGCCUUUAAAUCGUGAAAUUUUCGUGGAAUUUCUUGAUAUUGGAGGACAUUGUCGAUAUGAACUUAGUCGUCAUGUUUUCUAUCAUGACGUCCAUGGCGUCAUGUUUGUUCAUGAUCUGAGCAAUGUUAAAAGUGGAGAACGUUUACGCAAUUGGAGUCGAGAGUUAAAUAGAAUUCAAAGACUGAAAGGCUGUAUCGUACCUUCGAGUGGAAAUGAAUACGAUUUUCCGACGUUGCACGAAUUACCGAAACUUGUCGUCGGUAACAAAAAAGACUUGCUUUCGAUGAAUUAUCGAACGAAAACGAUGGGACCAAUGGGGUUUGCAGAGUUUCGUACAGUUUCAAGCAUUCAAUCGAGUGUAGAGCCAUUGUCGAUAGAACCGAGUGGUGCUUUUGAUACUUUCCUACAGCAGACACUAGCAUUUGCUAAUCGAGGAGAUGGCAGGAAUAGCUACAGCAACGACAAUUACAACAGUUUGGGACUUCGACAAACGGCGAACAGAAAUGUUGACCGAGAUAAUAAUGGGAGAUCAGAAGUUAGUGAUUGUGGGGUAGCGAUGCCACCGCUAUCGACGGGUUCAGGCAGUACUCGCUCUCGUUGGUGGUAG